CCGCUCCCCACGGGCCUGCCUUUUCCACCUUCAGUCACUUGCACUGUGCCAAAAGUCUCGACGACCCCCGCCUUCGUAGCCAUCCGCCAUCUCGUACGCUUGUCUGCGACACAGCGGCCCCGACCAUUAAGAAGCUCCUCACGCGCAAGAAGUCGCCUCCGAAAAGUGCUCCCGAGCACGCGACGUUACACCCCAACAUGGCCUCCUCUAUGCCGCCCGUCCCCGCAAAGGACGAUGUAAACGCCACGUGGAAGUAUCUCGAAGCCGGCGUUGACAAGAUCAUGACCAACCUGCGCGAGGGCGUCGACAUGAAGACAUAUAUGGGUCUCUACACGGCGAUUCACAACUUUUGCACCGCCCAGAAGGCUGUGGCAGGCUCGUCGUUCCAAGCCGCAAACAACCGCGGAGGAGCCCAUCUUCUCGGAGAGGACCUCUACCAACACCUGAUCGAAUACCUCAAGACGCACCUUGCAGAAGUACAGGCAGCCUCACGGCAACAUGUCGACGAAGCGCUCCUCCAUUUUUACAUCAAGGAGUGGAACCGGUACACGACGGCUGGCCAGUACAACAACCAUUUGUUCCGCUAUCUGAACCGCCAUUGGGUCAAGCGUGAGAUGGACGAGGGCAAGAAGAACAUCUACGACAUCUACACAUUACACUUGGUGCGCUGGAAGGAGGACAUGUUCACGGGCAGUCAAGAGAGCGUCAUGCGGUCAGUGCUCAAGCUGGUUGAGAAGCAGCGAAACGGCGAGACGAUAGAACAAUCGCAGAUCAAGUCGGUGGUGGAUUCAUUCGUUUCCCUGGGUCUGGACGAGGCGGACAGCUCCAAGUCGACGCUCGAUGUGUAUAAAGAGUACUUUGAGAAGCCUUUCCUGCAGGCAACGGCCGAAUACUACGACAACGAGUCCAAGCAGUUCCUUGCCGAGAACAGUGUCGUGGAAUACAUGAAGAAGGCCGAGAUUCGUCUGGAAGAGGAGAAGGAGCGCGUUCCGCUAUACCUGCUCAACGAGAUCAUGUCUCCGUUGAUGCGGACAUGCGAACAGUCGCUCAUCACGAACCACUCGCAAGCCCUUCGCGAGGAGUUUCAAAUUCUCCUCGAUCACGACAAGGAAGAGGACCUGGGCCGCAUGUACAAGCUGCUGGCCCGCAUUCCCGAAGGUCUUGACCCUCUGCGUCUACGGUUCGAGAACCACGUCAGGAAGGCUGGUCUGGCUGCAGUCGACAAGAUUGCGCAGGAUGGCGAGAACAUUGAGCCCAAGGUGUACGUCGAGGCGCUCCUUGAAGUCCACACGCAGUACCAGGCGCUCGUUAACAAGGCCUUCAACGGCGAAUCUGAGUUUGUUCGAUCGCUGGACAACGCUUGUCGUGAGUUCGUCAACCGAAACAAGAUUUGCAAGUCGGGCUCCAACAAGUCGCCGGAACUCCUCGCAAAGUACACUGACACGCUGCUGAAGCGCUCCAACACCAAGAUGAGCGAAGAGGACGACAUGGAGAAGCUACUGACACAAAUCAUGACUGUCUUCAAGUACAUUGAAGACAAGGACGUGUUCCAGAAGUUUUACUCGCGCAUGUUGGCCAAGCGCUUGGUCCAGACCACAUCUGCGUCGGAUGAUGCUGAGACCAGCAUGAUUUCAAAGUUGAAGGAGGCUUGUGGUUUUGAGUACACCAACAAGCUCCAGCGCAUGUUCCAGGAUAUGCAAAUCUCCAAGGACUUGAACACUGCAUUUAAGGAAUGGCAGGCAAACAACUUGGACGAGGCUGACAUCAAGACCAACGUAGAUGCAUCAUACCAUAUUCUUGGCACCGGUUUCUGGCCGUUGAACCCACCCACAACUCCAUUCACUCCCCCGCAACUCAUCGUCCAGACGUAUGACCGUUUCUCGCGCUUCUACAACCACAAGCACCAGGGCCGUAAGCUGACAUGGCUGUGGCAGCUGUGCAAGGGUGAGGUCAAGGCCAAUUACUGCAAGGUUGCAAACUUGAAGACUUCACCAACCUUCCAGGUCUCAACAUAUCAGAUGGCUAUUAUGCUACUGUUCAAUGACAGUGACACGGUCACAUACGACGAGAUUGCCGAAGCGACCAAGCUGAACAAGGAGACUCUCGAUCCUAGCUUAGGUGUCUUUAUCAAGGCCAAGGUCCUUCUCACUCAGCCCGAGAAUGCUAAGCACGAGUCGGGCACUGUGUACAAGCUCAACACUGGCUUCAAGACCAAGAAGGUGAAGAUGAAUUUGAACAUUGGUAUCAAGUCUGAACAAAAGGCCGAAGCAGAGGACACACACAAGACGAUUGAAGAGGAUCGCAAGCUUCUCAUUCAGUCGGCCAUUGUGCGCAUCAUGAAGUCGCGAAAGAAGAUGAAGCACCAGCAACUCGUGUCGGAGACGAUCCAGCAGAUCAAGAACCGCUUCAUGCCGCGCGUUCCCGACAUCAAGAAGUGUAUAGACAUUCUGCUGGAGAAGGAGUACCUGGAGCGUCUAGAGGGCGAUGAGCUCGGUUACCUGGCAUAAGCUGUUUCCUGACGGGCCUUCUUCCUUCUUCCCUUUGAAAGCGCAACAGGCCCCGCUUGAGUAAUGAGUAAUGGGUUCCAAAUUUCCACCGGUCGGGUAUUCAUCUACAUCACACCGCGUCUCUUCUUUUGGGUUUUUUUUCCCAUGAUGUAUCAUUUUGGCGUUUCUUCUUUUUUUUUGGUGUGUGUUCUUUCCGAGACAGCGGCGAUGGGAUGGGCGUGAGGUUUAUACUUUACUACCCUCUGUGAGCUGAGGUAAAAAAAGAUAAAGGAGGAGGGGAGGAGCGCGCGCGCACGUCGGUUUCUGGGUCCAACGUGGGGCGGGGGGGGGGG